CAGUAAUAUAUGUAGCUUUGUUUUACACAUUCCUGCAUAUUGACAAGGCAACACCAUCGGCUCCUUCGCCACCCUUCUUAGUCCUUCUUUCCUGCAUAGCGGUUAUCUUAUUUUUGCAAAUUGGUCACAGCCAUCUCUUGCAUCCUAGUAUAUUAGUAAUAGUGUUUCAUGCUCCCUCUUCUAGGCCCAGGCUCCGCUACACAACUUAAAUGUCAAUUUUCAGAGAAAUCGUCGGCGCAAUAUGCUGUUGUCUUCCUUCUGCAACAACAACGCGCACAUCAGGGGUCUCUCGGGACUUGAUACGGUUGUCGGACUGGCGCGCACACCCUACGCUACGUCAGUAUGACUUGGAAAAGCACAUCGCUGAUGGUGGUUUCUCGGAGAUCUGGUUGGCUCGGCAGCGGCUAAGCGGCGAGCAGCACUGUCUCAAAGUGGUCUACCUGCGCAAACCGGGACUGCGGCCCGAGGACGCGGAGGUGUUGCGCGGGGAGGCUCGCUUCCUGCGCAAUCUGGACCACCCGGGCCUUCUGCGCUGCCGGGACGUGUUCGAAACCAAAUACCACAUGGUCAUGGUGUUGGAGUACUUGUCUGGGGGCGAGAUGCUGGAUCACCUGCAUCGGGUGGAGCACUACUCGGAGGUGCAGGCGGCACGACUGUUCGCACAGGUUGCCAGCGCAGUGGCCUACCUGCACAACCUCAACAUCGUACACCGGGACAUAAAGCCCGAGAACGUGAUGUUCGCUCGCCGCGUGGAGGACUGCCUGGCAGCAGGGCGGCCGCUGCGGGUCAAACUGAUCGACCUGGGCAUGGCGGCGGUGCUGAUGCCGCCGCCUGCUGCUGAUGACGAUGAGGGUGAGGAGGAGGGAGGCGGCAAGGGAGGUGCAGCAGCAGCAGGAGAAGGAAGCAAGGACACGAGCGCCCUGCUGGGGGUGGUGGGUGGCUCUAAGCGGGAUCAGCAGCGGGCAUCCAAGCAGGAGCAAGGGGAGAAGCAAAAGCAGUGGGCCAAGCAGCAGCAACAGCAGCAGCAGCGGCGGGCGGGUUGGUCGGCUGGUCGGAGUCACGGCAUCAGCAGCAGCAGCAGCAGCAGUCGUAGCAGGGAGGCACCCCGGGGCUGCCUGGGCUCACCGGGCUUCAUAGCGCCGGAAGUGGUGAACGGAGGGGCGCAUACGUUCGCCAUGGACGUCUACUCCCUGGGUGUGCUGCUGUUCGUGAUGCUCACGGGUCGCAAGCCCUGGCCGCUGCGGGAGGUGCGCAGCCUGCAGUAUGCGCGCAGCCGCAUCGCGCAGGCGCCAGGGCUGCAGGACGCCAGCUUCCGGUCCCUGUCGGCCCCCGCGCGGGAGCUGCUGCUGGCCAUGCUGGCAGACGACCCACGGGUCCGUCCCACAUGCGCCCAGGUGAUGCGACACCCCUUCAUCGCCAAGGCGCUAGCAGCGGGGGGACCGCAGGGCGCUGGCGGAGGGUCUGCUGCUGCUGCUGCUGUUGCAGCGCUGCACGCACCCCUGGAUGACGUCAUCAAGCGCCGCAUCGCGCAGCUGGCCUCGUUACGUCGCUUCCGCGGCCUCGCCUUCGCCAUGAUGUCCAGCCAGGCGGAGGGGCAGCAGCUGGGCGACUUCAUGCAACAUGUGGCUGAGCGGCGCAAGGCGCUGCACAGAGACCUUGUGUCACGCGCCAAGACACGGAGGGCCGUCGACAAGCAGCAGCAAGAGGCGCAACAACAGCAGCAGCAGCAGCAGGCGCAGCAGCAACAACAAGUCCAGCAGCACAAGGGACAAGACCGGCAGCGGAGGCAGCAUCCGGAGCAGCUAUCGGGUGUCAUCCGGACCGCAUCGGUCAACAUGAGCGGGCAGCAGGAUCCCUCCUCGGCCUCGGGUCGCGGCAUCCGGGCCAGCACCGACUCCACCUCCUCACAGCGCCCGCUGCUCUCGCUACAGCAGCAGCAAAAACAGCUAUGCGCAACACAGCAGCAGUCGCCGACCCAUGGGUCGCCCAUCUCCGCCUCGCCCUCCCAGCGCCAUCUGAGUGAGGACUCAUGCAACUCCGAUGUGUCUUCCAACCAGCCCCUCAUCGGCAGCGAUGCCCCUCACAGCCACCAUGCUCCCCUCCACUGCAACGGCACCAGCAACAGCAUGGACAGCAUCAACAGCAGCGGCCAGGACCCCUACGCACCGCACCUUGGGAGGCCCCAUGGGGGGCCGCACCCUUUGCACUCUUUGCAUGCCCAGCACGUUCCUUCGUCUCAUCUGCCUGCACACCACCACCCUCACCACCACCACCACCACCACCAGCAAUUUCACCACCACCACCACCAGCACCAGUUUCCACAUGCGUUGUUGGAGCCAGUGGUGGAGCCGGAGGAGGCUGCGAAUGGCAGCAGUGGCGGCGGCAACGGCGGCGACGUCAGCGGCAGAGGCAGCGGUGGCGGCAGCAAGCCAGCGCUGCCGCCUCGACCACCGGCCGCCUCAGCCUCCACCUCAGCCCCCAAGUCCUCCGCACAACGCCACCCCCCAGUGCCGCCAGCUGGGAACCUGCCGCUGCAACACCCCCACGGCAGUCCCACCCGUGGUGGUGGUGGUGGUUGUGGAGGUGGUGGUGGUGGUGGUGGCUGGUCUAGCAGUCCGUACAUGUCAGGAUGGCGACGACGGCACGACCCUCAACACCCCCACCCCUGUCACCCUCACCACCCUGCCAACCACGGUACCGCUGCUCACCCCCACAACCACCAUGCGAAGCAGCACCCGCAGCACCCCAAUCGCGGCCGUAGCGGCAGCAGUGGCAACGGCGCCGGCUGUGGCAGUAAUACCACCCUAUCCGGCGGCAGUGCCGGCGGCUGCGGCGGCGGUCUAAAGCGCCGCCCGAGUUCUGAGCUAGAGCUAGCGGCUCUCGACCCGCUGGCGUUGAUCCGGGAGUUGCCCGGAGGGCCUGGGGGCGGGGUGUUGGGUCGGGCUCACAGCGCUCCUGAGAGCAGCUCGGCGGCUGCGGCGUACCUGCUGGCAGGUGGGAUGGAGGGAGAUAGCGGCGAAGGAGAAGGAGGAGGAGGAGGAGGAGAAGGAGGAAGGGGGCAGGCAGGUGUUGCGGAGGGAGGAAGAGGAGGAGGAGGAGCAGAUGCGGGGGGCCUGCUGGAUCGGAUAGCGCUGGGAGCCGACAUGCGCGCCUUCUCCGCCAACAGUUGGACCCUGGACCUGCUUGCCAACCAAGACCUCCUAGCCGCCCUCACGGGGCUGGACCUGGGCAACCGCGCAGCCUCCUCCUCAUCCAUCGGCGACACAAUCUCCCUGCACGACAGCACCGUGCAUGGACCCACGGG